UUACUAUUUGAAAUAAUGUUAUUGUCGAUAUGUUGUAGGUAUAACCCUGUCGAUGGAAUAUUUACUGCACCUGUCACAGGAACAUAUGUGUUUUUCUGGCUGAAUACAAAUAAGGAUCGCAGUUUUAUGAACACAGAGCUUGUGAAGAACGCUGUUGUUUUUGGUAAAUCGAUGUCAGAUUCAUAUAACCACGAUGACUAUGCAGCGUCUUCCAAUACAGCCGUUUUGCAUGUUAAAGAAGGAGAAGAGGUCUGGGUUCGAUGUGGGACUUGGCACAGCGCUGUGAUAGCUGGAGACUUCUACUCUACGUUUUCUGGCUGGCUCCUGUACGAAGGUUAAAAUAACAGGUUGCUUUACCUCGUCUGUUAUGUUGCAUAUAAAAUGAAUGAAAUAAAAUGUUAUUUUCAUUUCUUGCAAUUAAAUGGACAUGCCUUCCU